AUCUUCUGUUCGAGUGAUGCCGCUUCUAGGACACUUCAUAGUCAUAACGCUUUAAUAUAUAUAUCCUCGAUAGCGACUUGUAGUUGAUGUUGGUAAGCACAACGCGUCACAUCUACUCUAAGCUCACAUUCGCGCCCAAUUGCUUCGUAACCAGACUUGUAUUGCGUCAUGCAGAACCGCUAAAAUCCCUCUCGACCUAGGCCAUGACCGCCCUCAACGACCACCAAAACCACAUCUUUGCUCCUCAACAACAGAAUUUCAACAUGUAGUUUAACAACACACCUCCUACCGAUGCCUCUUUACAUCUCGAUACACAACCCACAAUGAAGAGCCCGCCUACUCCCACAAACCCCUCCGCCUCAAAAGCCCUCCGAAUGAGCUACCGCAUCGGCCGCGGCGAACAAGGCGUCCUAACCUUCGAGCCCUACAAAUCCACCAUACUCCCCUUCUGGCGCUUCCGCACGCCUACACUCGCGCGGAAAAGCGCGCAGGAUAUAUGGGAGCGGUUUGAGGCGUACGACGAGGCGGGCGACUUUGUGGGUAUGGACAUGUGCCGGAAGUUCCUACAAAUGGGCAUGACGCGUGCGAAGCGAUAUGCGAAUCAUGCAGGUGGAAGGAAGUAUGAUAAACACACUGGAGAAGAGUUGGCGAAGAGUGGAACACACAAGGGCGCGGCUGAGAAGCUGGAGGCAUCCGAGGUGUUUAGGGAGGCGUGGGAUAUGUGUCGGAAGCAUGAGGGGUAUUUGGCGAGGAAAGAGGUGUUCCAGACCGAGCUGAAGGAGUGGCGGAAGACUGAGCGAUUGAAAGAGAGCCUGCCUACAUAAGGUUUAGGUUGUCCAAUAUUUUAGACGACUAGUAGAAACGGUUCUAUUAGAGGAGCCUUGGUAGUGCAACAACUAGGACUCGAUGCGAUCAUAUAGGGAAUUGACCGUCCAAAAAGUAUAAAGUGCUCUAUUAGAUGCCGAGGGGAAGCAACAGCCACCCACUGCGUAGAUUCCAGACACACUAGGUAAUGCUAGCUCAC